GGAAACAAAGGCAAAGAUCUCAACACCAUCAAAUCCCUGCGAGUUCUCCGAGUUUUGAGGCCACUGAAGACCAUCAAACGUUUGCCAAAAUUAAAGGCUGUGUUUGACUGUGUGGUGAACUCCCUGAAGAAUGUACUGAAUAUACUCAUCGUUUACAUGCUGUUCAUGUUCAUCUUUGCUGUCAUUGCUGUGCAGCUUUUUAAGGGUAAAUUCUUCUACUGCACUGAUGAGUCAAAGGAUUUGGAAAGAGACUGCAGGGGCCAAUAUCUAGUUUAUGACAAUGAUGAGAUUGAGGCAAAACCCAGGGAAUGGAAGAAGUAUGAGUUCCACUAUGAUAACGUGCUGUGGGCCUUAUUGACACUAUUCACUGUAUCUACUGGUGAAGGCUGGCCAAUAGUUUUGAAACAUUCGGUGGAUGCUACAGAAGAGGAUCAGGGACCCAGCCCCCGCUAUCGCAUGGAAAUGUCCAUCUUUUAUGUUGUGUACUUUGUUGUGUUUCCAUUCUUCUUUGUGAAUAUUUUUGUUGCACUUAUUAUCAUUACAUUCCAGGAACAGGGCGAUAAGGUGCUGUCUGAGUGCAGUCUCGAGAAAAAUGAGAGAGCCUGUAUUGAUUUCGCUAUAAGUGCCAAACCACUGACUCGCUACAUGCCACAGAACAAGCAAACUUUUCAGUACAAGAUGUGGAGAUUUGUGGUCUCCCCUCCUUUUGAAUAUUUUAUUAUGGCUAUGAUCGCAAUCAAUACUGUAGUGCUGAUGAUGAAGUUUUAUAAUGCUCCUGACCCUUAUGACAGAAUGCUGCAGUACCUGAACAUAUUAUUCACUUUUCUGUUCUCCAUGGAGUGCGUGCUGAAGCUUAUUGCAUUUGGUAUUCUGAACUACUUCCGCGAUGCAUGGAAUGUGUUUGACUUUGUUACUGUAUUGGGAAGUAUUACUGAUAUUUUAGUCACUGAGCUGGCGGUAAGUAAUAACUUUAUCAAUCUCAGCUUCCUGCGGUUGUUCAGAGCAGCACGUCUUAUCAAGCUCCUCCGCCAGGGAUAUACCAUUCGUAUUUUGCUCUGGACGUUUGUGCAGUCCUUCAAGGCAUUACCGUAUGUCUGUCUCCUGAUUGCAAUGUUAUUUUUCAUCUAUGCCAUUAUUGGAAUGCAGGUAUUUGGCAACAUUGCACUCGAUGAUGAUGGUGCAAUUAAUCGCCACAAUAACUUUAGGACUUUCUUACAAGCCCUAAUGCUCUUAUUCAGGAGUGCCACUGGAGAAGGCUGGCAUGAAAUUAUGCUGGCAUGUCUGAGCAAAAGCCCAUGCGAUAAAGACUCGGGCACAGAAAACAAUGAGUGUGGAAAUGAUUUUGCCUAUUUCUACUUCGUAUCUUUCAUUUUCCUUUGUUCUUUUCUGAUGUUGAAUCUUUUUGUAGCUGUUAUUAUGGACAAUUUUGAGUAUUUAACCCGAGAUUCCUCCAUCCUGGGACCACACCACUUGGAUGAGUUCAUUCGUGUAUGGGCUGACUAUGAUCCUGGAGCCUGUGGGCGCAUCACUUACAAUGACAUGUAUGAGAUGCUGAGACACAUGUGUCCACCCUUAGGCCUGGGAAAGAAAUGUCCUGCAAGAGUCGCCUACAAGCGGCUUGUAAGAAUGAACAUGCCAAUUGCUGAAGAUGGCUCUGUGCAUUUCACGUCUACGCUGAUGGCAUUGAUUAGAACAGCGCUUGAUAUCAAGAUUGCUGGAGGAGGUUCAUACCAGCAACAAUGUGAUGCUGAGCUUCGGAAGGAAUUGACUGCUGUUUGGCCAAAUCUAUCUCAGAAGGUUUUGGAUAUACUGGUGCCUCCACAUAGACCCACAGAGUUGACAGUGGGGAAAGUCUAUGCAGCGCUGAUGAUUUUUGAUUACUACAAGCAGAACAAAAGUAAAAGAAUCCAACAACAGCAGCCAGGCAGCUUGUCACAGCGUAUGGUGGGAGCUUUGACACCCACGCAAGAAGAGCCUCCCUCACUGAACAACACAAAGUCCACCUCUCAUCCGAUGAGCAAGAAUGCAGUCAACAACGGUGGCAACAUUUUGUACCAAGGUGGGCUGAAAGAAUCCUCACCCUGGUUGCGGGCCCAGGAGGCAUUUAAUGAAGCCAAACUGCGAAAGCCUGAACUGAGUCAGGCAGAUGAAACUCCAGCUCCACAAAGCAGCCCUCAGGCUGUGGAGAUGAGAGAGAUAGGGUCUGAUUCAAACCAGAUCGAUCAACCAGGCCUUGAGAGCCAAGGACGUGCAGCAUCUAUGCCUCGAUUAACUGCAGAGACCCAGAAAACAUCUCGAUCAUCUGGGAGUGUCCUUGACCCAAUUCCAGACACAAGCCCCAUGAAGCGUUCUGUCUCUACGCUGACGCCACAGCGAUCUCAUGGAAUGCAUCUUCCUGAUUACUCUCUGGAGCGUGUUAUCCCAGAACGAAUGCCUCAUCAUCACCACCACCACCAUCAUCAGCACCGCUGCCAUCGCAGAAAAGAGAAAAAACAACGGUCACUGGAGAGGUCACCUAGCAGGCAUGCAGAUGGAGAAACAGACCAGAGGGAUGACCUCAGUUCUGUGGCUCGCCAAAAAGAACAACAAUCAAAGGAGUGUGCACGAGGUAGGUCACAGGAGCGGAAACCUCCAUCCUCCAAUGAGAAGCAGCGUUACUAUUCCUGUGACCGAUACGGCAGUCGGGAAACCCCACAGCCCAAGUCAACUGAUCAUAGCCGGUCAACAUCUCCCAGUGCAGGCCCAGACUAUAGCCUUCACAGACAGGGCAGUGGUUCGGUUAACGGCAGCCCUCUGCAGUCAGUCUCUGGUGUGAGCACCCCGUGUCGUGGUCGACGGCAGCUUCCGCAGACCCCCCUAACACCGCGCCCCAGCGUCACCUACAAAACUGCAAACUCCUCUCCAACUCAGUUUAGCAACCUGCACGGUGUUUUGCCCCCAGCUCCCCCAGGGAGACUCAGCCGUGGACAGUCAGAGCACAACACUUUCCUGCGUAGCGAGUCCCAGAACCAAUCAUACGCUAGCGACGAGAGCAGACAGCCAAUGGUGAUGCGAAUCGGAUCGGACCCUUACCUGGGCCACCACCAAACUUGCAACAGCGGCGGCCGCGCACCGCCAGAAGAGACUCUGACCUUUGAGGUGGCUAUUGCCACGACUACGGGCAGGUCCCCCAGGACUUCCUGCAUCUCACCUCUCACAUCUCAGUCUCACCAAAGCCGCAGAGUCCCAAACGGCUACCACUGCAACCUGGGUAUGAGCACGGGUCCUGGGACAGGCACGGGAGAGCGGAAAUAUUAUCGCGAAACAGAUGAAGACGACUGGUGCUAGCAUGGCGGUCUAGCGAGACUCUUACAGAUUAUGCAUUAAUAUGAUGAGUUUUAUCAUCUGCAGGGUGUUCUGUCAGAGCUCAGAGUGUAUAUUAAUAUGCAGCAUUCAUGGGGAUUUAGAAACUGGAAAUUGUUCCAGAAAUCUGAUUUUUUUUUAAGAGUUGCUUCAGCUUGUUUUUGCACUGAAUUUGCAAGUGAAACAUGGUUCACUUGAAGUGAAGAAAACAAAAGACUGUUUCAUUCUAGAAAACAUCUGUUUUUCUAUCUCUCUCCCUACAUUGGCUAUUUCAGAAAACAACAGAUGCCAAAUUUCUUUACAGAUAUAUUCACAAAAAAAACUUGAUGAAAUGCAGUAGCCUGCUCUUGUGAACUACUAGGGCAAAAGGUGAAUGAGUUUACCUCUUCAUGAUACAGGUUGUGAGAAGGUGGCUCUACUUUCAUCACAGACUUU